AUGGCAGAAGCCGCGCCGUCGCAGUCAGCACCCUUCCCCCUCCCCCGCGUAGCCAUCCAGUUCUGCACCCAGUGUAAGUGGAUGCUCCGCGCAGCAUAUUUCGCCCAGGAACUCCUCUCGACCUUCUCAACCUCCAUCGGCGAAGUCGCCCUCCAGCCCUCCACAGGCGGCACCUUCACCGUCACCCUAACCCACCUCCCCGAGGGCGCGACGACCACCACCUCCACGAUCCUCUGGGACCGCAAGGCCGAGGGCGGCUUCCCCGAGACCAAGGAGCUCAAGCGCCGCCUGCGGGACGUCAUCGAGCCCAACAGAGACCUGGGCCACGUCGACCGCAAACACGGCAAGGCCCCUACUACAGGGACACCAACACAAGCAGCAGCAGCAGCAGCAGCAACAAUGUCCGAAGACAAGACUAACGACACCUUCGCGGACAACCUCCCCUCCGCGGCAGGAAUCACCUCCCAGCUCAAGAAGCACCCGGCCAACGCACAGAAGAAGGACGAGCCGAGCACGACGGAAGAGAAGAGCCCCUUCGACGACGCGGCGCGGGCCGCGAUAGCCGCCGCGGGCGCCAACAAGGGACAGCAGGGCAGGGCGGAAAUAUCGCCCGCCGGCCAGAGACCCGGAGCUCAAGAGAAGGAGGCGGCGGCGGCGGGAGACAAGAAGGAGGUUUGCGAGGACUGCGCGUGA